CUGAGGUUAAACAUGUAAAUAAUCUACUAGCCCGGGACCAGCUCAGCUCACUCUCUUGUCUGCAUCUAGCUGCUCUCUUCAUAUCGCACAGCAUCUCGAUUCCGCCACCCACGAGCUCAGUCUCCCAGAGCGCGCAAGAAAAUGGCGAGCAAGGCGGUGACCAUCGGCGAUCUGAUCCACCGCGUCGCCUCCUCCUGCCUCUCCAACCGCUUCCCCGCCAACUACGCUAUCAGCGACGCCUCCGACCUCGACGACGAGGACGACGACCCCUUCGCCGACUUCGGGGACGCCGCCGACGCCCAGGAAUGCCGCCGCUCCCCGGACAAGCCAGCGCCGCGCCCGGCGGGCGCCGUGGAGGAACAGGACGAGGAGGUGCGGAAGCUGAAGAUCUGGGAGGAGGGGGAGGAGGAGAAGCGGAGGAACAAUGUGUCGGCGACGGCUGUCGUAGCGGUGGCGGGGGAGGAGGUGAAGAAGAAGGAGAGGGUCGAGCGUGCGGGGGACGCGGAGGCGCUCAUGGCGGAGGUGUUCGACGCGGUCUCCGGGGUGCGGCGCGCGUACGCGGCGCUCCAGGGCGCGCACUGCCCCUGGGACCCCGACCGGAUGCGCGCCGCCGACGCGGGCGUGGUCGCCGAGCUCCGACACCUCGCGCGCCUCCGCGACCGCUUCCGCCGUUCCGCCGCGUCCCCGGGCGGCCGCAUCCCGCGCGCCUCCGCGCAGCCGCUCCGCGAGGCCGUCGCGCCGUACGAGGCCGAGCUCGACGACCUCCGCCGGCAGCUCCAGGGCAAGCAGGCCGAGGUGGACGGCCUCAAGGAGAGGCUCGCCACAGCCACCAGCCGCCGCAACGCGCGCCUCCACCCUUCCAAGAAGCACCACCACAUCGCCGCCGCCACAGACGGCGUGCCGACGGCCGAGCUGUUCGUCGCCUGCGCGGAGCAGGCCCGCGCGGCGACGCGUGGGUUCGCUGCGCACUUGCUCCACCUCCUCCGCGCGGCGGGGCUGGACCCGGCGGCGGCCACCCGGUCCAUCACCAAGAUCCCGGUGAACUCCUCCCCGCACCUCGCCAGGCACGCGCUGGAGGCGCACGCCACCGCCGUCCUCCUCGGCGGGUUCGAGCACGAGUCCUUCUACCUGGACGGCUCCCUCUCCUCCCUCCUCGACCCGGCCGCGUUCCGGCGCGAGCGGUACGCGCAGUACCGCGACAUGCGCGGCAUGGACCCCGGCGAGCUUCUGGGCGUGCUCCCGACCUGCGCAUUCGGCCGCUACGCCGCGGCCAAGUUUGCGUCCCUCCUCCCACCGCGCGUGGAGGAGGCCGUCCUCGGCGGCGAGCACCGGGCAGCCGGCAACGGCGCGCACCCGCGCACGCCGUUCUACGGCGAGUUCCUGCGCGCGGCCAAGGCGGUGUGGCUGCUGCACCUGCUGGCGUUCGCGCUGGAGCCGCCGCCCAGCCACUUCGAGGCCGGCCGCGGCGCCGAGUUCCACCCGGAGUACAUGGAGAGCGUUGUCGUGGCGGGCCGUGGCGCCGGCGCAGGCACCGCCGGCAUGGUCGUGGGGUUCGCGGUGGCGCCCGGGUUCAAGCUGUGCAACGCCGCCGUGGUGCGCGCCCGGGUCUACCUCGUGCCCCGCGGCAGCCGACAGUGAGACGAGAUCACGGAUGGGAUCAGCCUUGGGCCACCACCCGGCUGCUAGCUAACUGGAGCUGCUCAUUGGUGGAGUAUUAACUGGAAGCUGCAUUCCAGUAGGAGUACAACUAGAGCUCCCUGCCUUGAUUAGAUUUCUGCUUAGUUGCUUCUUCUCUGAAGAAAUCUCAUGUGCAGAGAGGCUUGGAACUUGAGGAUCAACCCAUUGAAAUGUAUAACCAUGUGUUGUUUAAUGAAGUACUGGACUAACAGUCUAA